AUGGAAAAAGCAGCAGUUGAAAAUGAGGGUCUCAUGAUCCCGCUCAUUGACUUUUCGGUGUUUCUGAAUGGAAACCCAGAGGAGAGAAAGGAGACUGCCAAUGCUGUCCUCCAUGGCUUUCAAACUGCGGGUUUUAUCUACCUGAAGGGUCUGCCAUUCUCAUCAGACUACCGCCAGCAUAUCUUCAACACUUCCGCCAAGUACUUUCGGCUGCCUGUAGACACGAAGAUGUCACACUGCUGGACGACCCCGGCGGCAAACCGCGGCUACUCGGCGCCUGGUCGUGAGAAGACAACGGAGCUUACCAACAUUGAGGAUAUCAAGAAACUACGCGAGGGCAACCCAGACUUGAAGGAGUCUCUAGAGAUUGGCCGUGAGGGGGUCCCGGAUCACCCAAAUCACUGGCCAGAGGAAAAGGGCGAACUGGAGGGGUUCAAAUCCAUCAUGACAAAGUUCCACGAUCAGUGCAAGGAGCUGCAUAUGGAAGUCAUGCGCGCCAUUGCGGUAGGCAUGGGUUUAGACGAGACCUUUUUUGACACCUUCACGGACGAGGGCGACAACACUCUGCGCCUCCUGCAUUACCCCGAGGUGCGCAAGGAUGUUUUCACGAUCAACCCAGGACAGGUUCGCGCUGGUGCCCACAGCGAUUAUGGCAGCAUCACGCUGCUCUUCCAAGAUAUGCGGGGCGGGCUACAGGUCAAGAGCCCGAAUGGGACGUUUGUAGACGCCACGCCGAUCCAGGACACAUGCGUGGUGAACGCAGGUGACCUCCUUGCGAGAUGGAGCAAUGACACAAUCAAGAGUACUAUUCACCGCGUCGUCGAACCGCCAAGCGGUGAUGGACCGGUGCAUCCGGCCAGAUACAGCAUUGCAUACUUCUGCAAUCCCAACUUCAAGAGCCACAUCGAGGCGAUCCCGGGAACCUUCUCAGGAGAGAGCGAGAAGAAAUACCCAGGUAUCAACAGCGGAGACUACCUGGUUCAGAGACUGGCUGCGACUUACUAG